AUUAAAUGACAAAAUGUGGAAGGCGACUGUUCUGCUGACUUUGCUGAGCCUGAGUCUGACCUUCAAGCUAGGUUGUGCUCAUAAACAAUGGAGUGUCUUUCGCAACAUGUUUAAAAGAAUCCUGUGUUCCACACCAUCAAGAGGAGACCCAGGGCAGCCACUCUUCCUUACCCCUUAUAUUGAAAGUGGGAGAAUUGAGGAAGGAAGGCAGUUAAGUUUGGUUGGGCCUCUCCAAGGAGUAAAUGUGAAGAGUUACUCUGGCUAUCUCACAGUGAACAAGACUCACAACAGCAAUCUCUUCUUCUGGUUCUUCCCUGCUGAGGUGCAGCCAGAGGAUGCCCCGGUCCUUCUUUGGCUCCAAGGUGGACCAGGAGGAACAUCAAUGUUUGGGCUUUUUGUUGAACAUGGCCCAUAUGUUGUUGACAAGAAUCUCAGAU